CGCCGGUCCCCGGGGCAGCGCCAGGCCGCGGCCGGGGCGGGGGGCGCUUCCCCUUCCCACAGCCCGGGGGGGCCGCGGCGCCCCUGUGAGGCCGCCUCCCCCCGCCCGUCAGGCCGGGCCCCCCCGGUGGGACCGGCCGCCCCCCUUGAGACCUGCUCCCCCCCGCCCCGAAACCGGGCUCCCGCCCGCUUUGCCCUCGGGCCUCCCCGUGAGACCGUGCCCCCCGCCUUGGGUGCCCCGGGGCUCCCCCGUGAGCCCGGUUCCCCCCCCGGGGGCUGGAGGACUGGGACCCGUCCAGGCCCCAGCUGUCCCCGUUCCGCCCCCCCUCCCCGGUUCUGUCCCCUCCCGCUGCCCCCUCCCCGGUGGGCCGGGGGGAGCCGUCCCGGGGGAGCUGGCUGGGCCCGGCCGCUGCCGUUUGGCUUUCCAGACCCAAAAAGCCGCGGGGGGAGCGCUGGUGGCGAGCCCCGUGCCAGGGGACGGGCUCUCCCCUCCCUCCCGCUUGUACCGGCUUCGCUCUCUCUGAAAACCGACCCAUCGACCGGGGUCUCGGGGGCGCCCGGGGGCCCUGCGCAGGCAGUGGUGCCCCCGCCGCACGCACCAGCAGCUCGGCUGACUGCAGUGCUCUGUUUGUCAGGAGGAACCGCCGAAUUUCGUUUCUGCGUGCUACGCCGGAGCCCUGGUUUUCAGCCGAAACAGGGGGGCGUUUGGUGCCGGGGCUGUGGAAGCACCUGGAAAUCCUGUCCUCUGAACAAUGAAGAUCUUAGACCCCGGGUAACUCUUAGAUGCGCAAACUCUACGUGAAUCUCCACAUCGCUCUUCUGAAACAGAUGCUCAAGUUCUUUAGAAGGAUCGUCCUGAUUCAGACAAAGUGCCUGCGUGAGAACAGAGAAGGCUCCCAACUAUAUUGUACCUGAGCGGUGAGCCAUGCUGGGCCGGAAAACAGGACUCCCCCAAAACCUGAACAGCCAUCACCGGAUGAAGCAGUCCUACCAGGAGGCUGUGCCCCUGCGGAGCAGACCAUCCAAGGAAAGUGAUGUCAGUCUGGAGGUGUUCAGUGGCUCUACGCCUGAAAUCAAACAGAGCCGCAACAGAGCCCAGCAAAUGCGCGAUAGGAGAGGUCGCAAAGCUGACCUCAAAGACUCUUAUGGGAGAGAGGCAGAAACAAUUACCUUUAUCUCUGGUACAGCAGAGGCUCCCCAAGCCCAGAGCUUAUGCUGUUCCUCUCUGUCUCAGGCCUGGAACACAUACAAGGCUGUUUUCUGUUGUAUAGUGACCUGUGGGGGCUGCUUUCAGGACUGCAGUGUCUGUAUCACCUAUCCGGGGCCUGCUGAGACCUCCACUGAUGACGGCAAGAACGGAGAUUAUAAUGGGCGACUGCCAAACAGCCCCGCCAACGUCUCUCCCACUGAGAAGAACGGGAACCAGAUCAAAAAGACCAACAUGGGCAGUAGUUUCAGUUACCCAGAUGUGAAACUAAAGGGCAUUCCUGUCUACCAGAACAGGAGCCCCAGUCACCAUCUGGAUUCAGAUUCAUGCUGCAAAGAGCUGCUGCCAGAUAAGCCCUUAAGGAACAGCAUAGAAAAGGCACCGCUCCCCAGCAGCCACCGGAGUUCGGAGGAGUAUUACUCAUUCCACGAGUCCGACCUGGACAUCAGCGAGCUGAAUGGCUCCAUGUCCAGCAGGGAGAUUGACGUCCUGAUCUUCAAGAAACUCACGGAGCUCUUCAGUGUCCACCAGAUCGAUGAGCUGGCCAAAUGCACGUCAGACACUGUCUUCCUGGAGAAGACUAACAAGAUCUCGGACCUCAUCAAUAGCAUUACUCAGGACUACAACCUGGAUGAGCAGGAUGCUGAAUGCAGGCUGGUCCGAGGCAUCAUACGCAUCAGCACCCGGAAAAGCAGGGUGCGGCCCCAUAUUUCUAUCCCGGCCAGCCAGAGCCAUGAGGAGAAGUCCAGCAGAGGCAACCCGCCGGACAGCGGUAAUGAAACCAUGCUGGAGUCCAUGGUCAUCAGCCAAGAUGACCUGGCUGUGCAAAUAUCGGAGGAAACGCCAGCAGAUGUGAUAGCCAGGAAUAUGAGGCGGCAUAGCAGUGCAGGAUCUCCAACGAGCAGAGAUUCCUCUUUCCAGGACACAGAGACUGACUCAUCUGGGGCACCCCUGCUUCAGGUGUAUUGUUAAGGAAAAGGACCGAAGUAGCAGGCAGGUGCUACAAGGCCAUUUCUACCCUUUCAGUACAGAGCAUGCCAUGCCGCUAUUUUUUUUUUCCAUUCUGCUCUUAUCCUUUGUUGAAGCCAUUCUUCUCCACUUGUCUGAAUUGCAUUGUUUGGACAAUAUCGAACAUCAUGGAAAUGAACUGUGGAUCUAAUGAGCUCGGAAGGUGGACUGUGUGCCCUGGGAGGAGAAGACAAACAAGGAAGUACUGGAUUUUAUUUCCAUUCUUGGCGUUUAGCUUCAACGACCUCAGUGGCCCAGCUCUUUCCCUGCUUUGAGAAUCUGCUGUACAGUUCUUGCUUUUUGGCAUUGCAUAAUUAACUUGGGGAGUGAAUAAUCAUAUGGUGUCUCUGUUUGUCACAACUCUGAGGUGAAAGCCAAGGCGUUAGCAGCACCCUGCUCUCUACACACCCAGAUCUCUACUUAAAAUUGCUGGCUUUGUGGUCCUGGAAAUGUAAGUCCUCUAUCCAUGGUAUUUACAGUAGCUGGAUAUGCUCUCUUCCUGCCGACCUUCAGUGGUGUCAUCUCCUGCCACCUUGGAAGGAGAAGGUUCAGUUAAUGCAGUUCAUUUAAUCUUUGGCCUCUUGGCAUGUCUCCCAUGAUGGUCAGUCAGUGCCAGUUCCAGGGGAGACGAAGUGCCUGGACUGCUACCCAGCUCUUGUCUCCCAGUUACCAAAUGGACCACGGAGAUCAGCUUUGUGGUCGCUGCCAAUCUGAUGUGAACUACCAGCAUGAGGUAUUAGAAAAUUGCAAGUGCUGAUCUGAGACUUGCAUACCAGUCAGCUCUUGCUCACUCAUCUGCCAAGCCCUCCGCAUUUACCCCUUGUGCUUAUUUCAUACUGACUGCUGGGGAGAGCCUUGAACUUGGGUUGUGGCAGGUGAGUGGGAUAAUCGGUUCAUUUUUAGUUUUUUGUAAUUAUGAACUGAGCUGUAGGGCCACUGUGCUAGCAACUCCCUGAAAAGGCGUUUGCUCGGAAAGGAAAGCCUCCCUGUGAAAGCAUCUCCAAAGCGUCUGCAAGGAACUGCUUGCUCCUGCCUUUCCCCUUUGGGAACUUGGUGCCUUCUGCUUCCCUUUGCUCUCCUUUAACAGCCAGCAACAAGCACAAGAUGUGAUAUUGCUACCCCGAAGGCACAAAGCCAGACGACCUUGAGGGCUGCAGCACUGCAGCAGGAGGAAGCCGUACCUUACUGGUGUUGCCAUUUGCUUGUUUAUCAGAAAGUAAACAUGUGAAGUCAUGGAACUUGUUUAUACAUUCAGGUGCCCUUGUACAUGAGCAGAGAAAAUGGGUAGCUGAAUUUACCUGCAAUGGAAUAAACGCACCCUGUGUUUUGGGGGAGAGGGAAGCCAAAAUAGGUCCCGUGCUUUGGUGUAGACCUUAUUUUUGUGCCUUAAUUGAACUGAAAUGUGCCUUUAGUUCAUAGCCUGUGUUUACUCUUCAAAAGGUGGGGUAGGGGGAAAGGAUUUAAUUCCUCCCAUAAGCAGUCAAGCUUAUUUAACUGGACAAAGCACUUUGAACCCUACAGUUUCUGUUAGUCUCUGGUUUUGCAAACUGCUCACGUCUCGGAGCAUGCUUUUAUAAAUCAUGGACAUCACCAAGACCACACCUUGAGACAGUGACUGAGAGACUGAAAAUGAAGGGAACAGUGUGGCUUUGAUUUGGGUUCCUCCUCUCCCUGCUUUGUGCUUAAAGCUGUUGAUUUGUGGAAAAGCUGUUUAUGCAAGAAAGAGACCUAUGGCGAGGGCAGCUUGGGAUUCCCAGAUUGGCUGUAUUUGGUGACCUCUUUCUGAAUAUUACAUUUACUGAUGGUCCCGUUUGACUUCCUGCUUCUGAAUGUAUUUGUAAAUCCUUAUUUGGACACAGGUUUACUUACCUGCGCGCUGAGGCAUCAGCGUAGGUCACACUGACACACAGCUAUGCAGUCUGUGCAGUGGAGCUUUGGAGACAAGGGGAGAGGAGGGACUUUGCAGAGAGCUGCCAAUAGGCAUUACAGAUGGAAUAGCACAUUUUUUUUGUAUAGUCUGUGUACUAAGAGUGAAUGUAUGUGGAUUAAGCUUGCAAAAAAAAAAAAAAAAAGAAAAAAAAAAAAGAAAGAAACACAAAAUUCACUGAGUGGAAGACUGUCAUCCUGCUGGUCCUGGAAGCUGGUGCACCUGUGGUGUCUUACGGGAUUCUUUUGCACUCCUUAACAUCCGAUUGAGUCUUUUUUAUAAAGCAAAAGAUGUGCUCCUUA